AUGCAGCUGCACAACCUCUUGUCAACGGCACUGCUGCUUCUGAGCAUCACAACGCUUGGUCACGUGAAUCCACCGCAACAACAACAACGGGAUCUCGCCGAUGGUGCCCCAGCACCACCCCCUCCCCUCAGACAGCGAGUUCCCGAGGAUCCCCUUGUCACUCCCCAGCCCACCAUCGUGACCACCGAUCUUGCCGGAUCGCAGGGAAAGACACAUCACGGCGGCGGCGGCGGCGGCGGCGUCGUUACUGGAGGAGCCGGCGGCACCCCCGACUGGUACGGCACCGCGUGCUACUACGACGUCUACGCCUCGUUCGGCUCGACCUUCACCGACGUCUCCUGCUCAGCCAAGACGAAAUCAUCAACAUCAUCAUCAAGAACAACAAGAACAAACAUCGGCAUUGGCGGGAGUACAAUCACUACAACAACUCCUACCGGUGGUGCUGCUGCCGCCGUCGCAGCGCCGACGCUGGUGACGGGUGACAAUGCCGCCGUCGCAGGUAUCCUGGCCGCCGUGGGCGCUGUCGCAGCAGCCGCAGCAGGUCUUUUGUAG